AUGGUGUUAAUGGGUUCCGAAGCCAUGAAAUCGAAACAAGAGUUUGAUCAAGAGGAAGAAGAUGGUGAAGAUGUCAUUGUAGAAAGAUGUUAUAAAAACCGAUACGUACGGUUUAAUGAAGUACUAGGGAGAGGAGCCUUCAAGACUGUAUACAAAGGGUUUGAUGAAGAUGAAGGAGUUGAAGUUGCAUGGAAUCAAGUUUCGUUAAACGAUUCCAUGCAAUCUUCUCAAAACAUGGAGAGAAUUUGUUCCGAGAUUCGUUUCUUGAAGACACUAAGACAUGAGAACAUCAUCAAAUCAUAUGUUUCUUGGGUGGAUGACAAGAAGAAAACAAUCAACAUGAUAACCGAGUUGUUCACUUCGGGGAGUUUGAGGGAAUUUCGUAUGAAACACAAAGGUAUUGAUUUAAUAGCAAUCAAGAAUUGGGCUAGACAAAUUCUUGGAGGGUUGGUUUAUCUUCAUAGUCACGAACCGCCGAUUAUUCAUAGGAAUUUAAGUUGUGAUAAUCUAUUUGUUAAUGGGAAUCAUGGAGAGGUGAAAAUUGGUGAUUUAGGGUUAGCAACUCUUAUGAAACGCCCUGCGGUUAAUGGUUUGAUUAAAACCCCUGAAUUCAUGGCACCGGAACUUUAUGAAGACGAGUAUGAUGAACUUGUUGAUAUAUAUUCGUUUGGAAUGUGCAUGUUGGAGUUGAUUACUUGUGAGUAUCCUUAUAGUGAAUGUAAAGAUCCGUCGGAAAUACGUGGGAAAGUUUCUUCAGGUGUAAAACCGCUUUGUCUUUCAAAAGUUAAGGAUCCACAAGCCAAGGAGUUCAUAGAGAAGUGUUUGGUCCCGGUGUCUCAACGUUUGCCUGCCAACGAGCUUCUUAAAGACCCGUUUCUUGCCCAAUCAGGAAGUAUAAAAGUAGAAUUAGAAAGCGUGGAUAAUGAGGCGAUCAAGGUAAAUUUGAUUGAAGUACCAAAGCCCGAUGAUAAGAUGUCACUUGGUAGCCCAUGUGUGAAGAAGAACAAUGAUCUCUCGAAGAAUGAAGCAGAUAACAUGGUGAUGCUAAAGAUGAGAGUAGUUGAUUUUGAUGGUCGUGGCUAUACGGUUGAAUUCCCAUUUUAUUUGGAAGUUGAUGAUCCGGAUACUAUAGCCAAGUAUAUGGUUGAAGAAGUUGACAAGGUACACGAUGACGUUGCUACGAUAGCAGAGCAGAUCAAGGAUCAAGUCAUGAAGUUGGCGCCGACAUGGAAACCUUCGUGUGGUAACAAAUCUAGUUCUAGUAGUGAAGUAAUGAGUAGUUCACCAAAGGCUUCUGUAGGCUUAAAUACAACUGAUCAACAAGCAGUACUCCCAUGUUUGUCCCCAAAGGUCGAGAAACUAGAAAAGCCCGAUUGCAAAGGGACAAAUGAUUCAUUGCUUAGCCAUUCGGGUGAUUUGAUGGGGAUCUCAAAAGUAAAUUCCAAUGGUUGUCGCGUCAAAAGCAUGUCCAGUGUUUCUCCGAUGGAUGGAUGUGAAGGUUUGAAGAAAGAGGUUGACGCAAUUGAUCAAGCUCCGUAUAGUGAUAUAGAGAAGCAUAGAGAAGCUGCAAAGAAGAGAGGGUUCUUGAAGAAGGUAUCGGUUUUAUCGUUGAAGCGCUGUUUUGUGGGUCAAAAUUUGGUUCUUUAG